AUGUUUCCACAAUUUCAGCUGAUAGCAAACUACAAGGCAGCUAUAUUUAAUGGGAAGAAACGUAGCUUAGAAAUCAUCCACGUUGCAACGUUAUUUUCGGCCCAUCGCAUUCUUGAAGAAUUGCUCAAUACACUUCCACCGGAUAACCUCAAAGCAAAGACAGAAGAUUCUCUGACGGCUGCUCACAUUUCUGCAGCCCUAGGUGAUUACCUCGCCCUCAGGAUGCUUAUUGAAAAAAACGUCUCGGUGUCGGAGCCAGACACGAAUGAUCGGACGCCCCUUCACUACGCAGCUCAGAAAAAUAUCGAGUCCAUGAUCGUCAUUCUCACAGAAUCUAUGGACCUUAUUAUGGAAACGGACAGGGAACAGACUCGUUCUUCACCGUAUCACUUCCUUCUACUGACGGGCAUCGAGACUGUUGUUGUUCUUGGUCAAGCGCCUGAAGUACCAUAG